GCGCGGCCUGGGCCCGGGCGGUGCCCGCGGGUCCCGCGGCCGCAUGAGCCGCGUGCGGGGGGCGCUGUGCCGGGCCUGCCUCGCGCUGGCCGCGGCCCUGGCCGCGCUGCUGCUGCUGCCGCUGCCGCUGCCGCUGCCGCUGCCCCGCAUGCCGGUGCCGGCGCCGGCGCCGGCCCCCGCCCCGGCCCCGGCUCCGACUCCGGGUCCCGGCCGGAGGGCGUCCCCCCCCCGACCCGCCACCGCCCCCCGCCUGCGGCCGGACGACGUCUUCAUCGCUGUCAAGACCACCCAGAAGAACCACGGGCCACGACUGGGGCUGCUACUGAGCACCUGGAUCUCUCGGGCCCGCAAACAGGUUGUCUCUCCCCAGACAUUCAUCUUCACGGACGGGGAUGACCCUGAGCUACAGCUCCAGGGAGGCAGCCACAUAAUCAAUACCAACUGCUCAGCCGUGCACACUCGCCAGGCGCUGUGCUGCAAGAUGUCCGUGGAGUACGACACGUUCAUCGAGUCGAGACGCAAGUGGUUCUGCCAUGUGGAUGAUGACAAUUAUGUGAACCCCAAAGCCCUGCUGCGGCUGCUGUCCACCUUCUCGCCCAGUCAGGACGUCUACCUGGGGCGGCCCAGCCUGGACCACCCCAUCGAGGCCGCUGAGAGAGUCCAGGGAGGGGGCACUGUGACCACUGUCAAGUUUUGGUUCGCCACGGGCGGGGCCGGGUUCUGCCUGAGCAGAGGCCUCGCGCUGAAGAUGAGCCCCUGGGCCAGUCUGGGCAGCUUCAUGAGCACAGCCGAGCGGGUGCGGCUGCCGGAUGACUGCACAGUGGGUUACAUCGUGGAGGGGCUGCUGGGCGCUCGCCUGCUGCCUAGCUCGCUCUUCCAUUCCCACCUGGAGAACCUGCAGAGGCUGCCGCCCGACGCCGUGCUGCAGCAGGUCACCUUGAGCUACGGGGGUCCAGAGAACCCACGUAAUGUGGUGAACGUGGCCGGAGGCUUCAGCCUGCAGCAGGACCCCACACGGUUCAAGUCUGUCCAUUGCCUUCUCUACCCGGACACGGAGUGGUGUCCUGUGCACAAGCAGAGUGACCCCGUUUCUCGGUGACCCUGGAUUCCCAGCCCAGGGAACAGGAGUGUGCUGACCCCUCCUGGCCUCAGCUCUCCCAGCGGGCUACAGCCACGUCCAGGGAGAUGUGGGCUCCCUGCAGGCCUGACCAGGCUCUCUGGGAGAGCUGCUUGCCCCACCCAGGGGUCCAGGCUGUGCAGUGUGCAGGCUGCCCCAGAAGGCAGAAGGGGGAGAUGCUGCUCGCCCUCCCGGCCCAGCCCCUGAGGUGUGCCCCCACGCAAAAGGUGUCCACCCUAGGACCUAGGGGCCUGGGAGGAGGCUGGCACCCAGCUCCCAGGGCUCCAUCCUGACCUCCUCACCCUGCUGGAGAGGGGGUUCCACGUAGAGUGGGCUCCCUGAGUGGGCUCCAGGCCAGGUCACACACGGGAUCCGCCAUCUGGCCAUCAGGGAGCACAGAGGCUUCACCUGCAGGCCUGGGGCGGGAGAGCCACCCUCCCCCCACCAGGCUUGGUGCCCGGCCAGAGCAUCGUCGUCUCUGAGGGAGCCGCUGUAAGGACUCAGGCCUCUGGCCGGCGGGGCUCGGGGCACAGCCUGCUCCAAGCCAGAGCAUCUCCAUCCGGAGGCCGCUUCACCGGGUCCCCUUGGCCAAGGUCGUCUUAUUUCCCCACUCUGACCCACCACUUAGUACUCACCCCCCUCCAAGUCCAAAAAGGAGCAGGGCCCUUUUGUUUGGGGCUCCCUCUGCAGUGUGGUGCCCCAUCCCAGCUGCUGACCCACCUUAACUGUGCCUUUCCAUGGAGGAGAGAGCAGAACGAGGGGACUCGGCACUUUGGUUCUGGGCCCUUGCUGUACCAUUGCCAGAAAUGAAUAAAGGCUUGAUUGUUA